AUGUCCGAAGACAAGAAGGGCAUUUCGCUCCGGCGAAAGAAGACGGUGCGACCGACGAUCUCUGCUCCUCGUCAAAUCACCAGGGAGCUCAGUGCCGAUAGCAGAUGGGAUGCGCAAACCACACGCUCAAAUAAUAGCGCAGCCACCGACGCUACCGGGCCUCAACGUCGUCCUCGUCUCGGCGGUGAACAGACCAGCGAUCUGGUCAAGCGAAGAUACAGUACACGUUUCACUGGAGGCCUGCCACAAGAUGGGAACACUCCACCUGUUCCAGAUGUGCCCUCUUUGCCCGCGCAAUAUGGCGCCCCAACGAAGUCUCGCGAGGCUGCAAGAAGUCCGGAAAGAGAUCGGGACCGGAGUAGAGGCAGGCUAAAGGUCGACACACGAGCUCUAAGAGAUCCGAAUCUCCAGAUCGAGAAAUACGUGCAGAGCAUUCUCGCCGAUGCUUCAGAGAACGACAUUCAUACCUAUCAGAUGGAUCUGCAGAGUGUCAAGGCGCAUACAGAUGCUGAUUUGCGACACAACGUCUACCAAAACCGAACACAGUUCAUUAAGAUCUCCAAAGAGGCAGACAAGCUUAAGUCAGAGAUGCGGACGUUACGAACACUGAUGGGCGAGCUGACAGGAGCUUUGAGUCAUGCCACAAGUGCUGGAGGGUCGGAAUCUGCGACAGACAGCGCGCUGACUGUUGCCGACAGGAAACGCGCCAAUCGGAGCAGUGUAGCGAAUCUCGAAGCAAUGUGGAGUACACAUCUGCAAACAUUGUGGAAACGUGUGGAAGGAUCACAAAAAUACUUGCCUGCCCUACCUGGACGUCACAUUAUUGUCGAGAGUCAGCGCUGGAUUGAGCUCAACGCCGCCACUUGGAAACCGCGCCGUCGCAUUGCUCUAGUCCUCCUGAACGAUCACUUGCUCGUAGCCAGCGAAAAGAAGCGGAACGAUCAGGUUGCUGGGGCGGCAAGGACCAACCGGAUGAGCGCCUACAAUCCGCAGUCGCAAUCGAUGUAUACGGCAGAGCGCUGCUGGCCACUGCAUGACGUACAGUUGACCGACAUCAGCACGCGUCAGGGCCCUACCGUAGGCCACAACAAUCGAUCAAAAGAACACGCCAUUAUCAGCAAUGCGAUCAACAUUCGUGCGGGCAAUGAAAGUUUCACAUAUACUACUAUCGAUGCAGCGGACAAAGGAAGCCUACUUGUCGCCUUUAGGAAAGCACAAGAAGACUUGCGAAAGCUGUUAGCCGCUGAGAAUGGUGAGCGGGGAAUGGCCCUGGACUCAUCUGUGCUUGGCGGUAGAGACACUCGUUCAUUGAAGAGAGCGACGGCGAAUGGCAACGAUGCGGUUGCUGAAGAAUACAAGCUGGCCAGUCUGAACAGAGCGGGCUCCAUCCUGGUAGACGCCGACGGACGGCCGCAGACUGUGCGUUCGAUCGAGGCUCAGAUCGACGGGCUGGACAUCGACAUUGCUUUGCAAAGGUUCGAGAAAGCAGUCGCUGGGGUGGAGAAGCUAAGAAAACUUGCGCGUGGCAUUCGAGGAAAUGCGACGGCUCAGGAGAUCAUUCUUGUCAAAGUCAACGAACGAGCAAGCAGACUUGCCAACAGCGUCGCGCGGCAACUGAGCCAAAGCAGCGGCGGGGCCGAAAAGACCAAGGAGAAUGUUGGAUGGUUGCUUCGAUUAGGAUUCGAAGAGCUCGCUCGUUCCACCUAUCUAUCCUCUCGUACGGAGACCAUCCGUAUUCGCACUCGACAGCUCCCAUUCACGGGCGCCAUGGAGCCGUACAUCCAUGCUCUGGCAUACACGACCUUUACACUGAUUCUGCACACCUUCCGCACAUUCAACCAGUCCUUCCUCACCACUAGCGCCAGUGCUGUGGUACGCUGGGCAAAGGAGCGAGUCGACGAGUUCAAUGCUGUCAUCGAUCGUCAACUGAGCAGUGUCGCGCGUGGCAGCGACGUCUGGAACGCGUCUCUCCACGUCGUCCGGGAACAGGCCGCCACACUCCACGAAGUAGGCGUGGACUUCAAAGAUCUUGUUCUACAAGGUUUGACGCAAGAGUUGGCUCCAGUUCCCGCAGUUUCCAAAGUUGCAACCACAGCCCCGGCCACAGGAACAUGA